AUGAGAACAUUUAAAAAGAAGAAUCCUGUUCUUGUAAAAGUGGAGAGCUCUCCCAAUUCAAAAAAAGUUUCUCUUUUCAAAGAUAUCAACAGUGAUGAUGAGAAAAAAGGUAAAAGUCGGAGGAAGCCAAACUCAAACGAUUUAUUUUCGGAAGAUGUUUUUGAUGAAACCUUAGAAGCAUCCACAAAACGAAAACGACAUAGUUUAGAUUCUGCUGCAAAACAGUCAACAGCAUCAUCAGAAAGUCAAUCACCAAUUUUCAAAACUCCAACCAAGAGGUCCCAAACAAAAAGUUCAUCUGUAACUCCAACAAAAACUGCAAAAUCUCCCAAGACACCUGGAUCUUCUGGAAAGAAAAAACUAUCUGUUGAAGAAAACUUUUUUGCCGAUGAUCUAUUUGACGAUGUUUUUGAUUUUUCAUCUUCAGAGGAUGAAGAUGAAGAAAAAACACUCAAAGCUGCAAAAAAGCCAAAGAGAGCUUCGACGUCAAGUGCUUCACCAAGACUUGGAGGAAAAGAAGAAACUAGAAAAGAAAGCAUUUUAAAUUAUUUAGAGGGAUUGAAGUCGUCAUAUGUAGAUACGCAACAUUCAUGUGCUAGCUCGCUAGCUAAAAUGUUUUCUGAGCAACAUGAUGAUCUUGGAAUAUUUCUUCGUGCUCACUCUCUUGUGAAAAAGGUGGUUGACACGCUGUGUUUAGUGAUCGACUUUGAGAAACAAAAAUUACUGUCUCUGACAGCAUCACAAAUUAUUGGUAUCUUGAUGAAAGACCCCUUGAAUGCAGAGUAUAUCACCGAAAAUUCAUUUAAAAUAUUACACGAAAUUAUUAAGCAACACUAUGUUCUCAAAUGGCAACAAGUUUCAAAUUUGGAUUCAAUCAAACGAACAAAACGCACUCGAAUUGCAGCCCUCAAAGCAGGUUCUCCAAGCAAAGCUCAAAAACAACAAUAUGAAGAAGAGGAUGAGAAUAUGCAAGGUUUUGAAAAGACUACCAUCUCAUUGGCUCUUGCAGCUAUGGUUAACAUUGUAAAUUACGAACAUAAUUGCUUUGAACUCAAAUAUCAUCAAGCUUCCAACAAGGAAGAAUUUUUGGAAAAGAAUAGACCUAAUUUAUUGUUUAUCAAGACAAAUAGCGUGGAAACUAUUGAACGACUUGUACCAUGCUUGCUAGCCCUAUUAGAAAAGGAUAGGGAUGAUGCUCUUGUCUAUGACAUGUGUAAUUGCAUCAAAAUGCUAGAAAAGAAUGGCAUUGUCACCAAAUACUCGUCAGACGCAAGCAAAAACGCAGAGUCAUGGAAUUAUUUCCUUCCUGCCCUGAUUCGAAUAUUGAAUUGUCUCACACCUAUUAAUAAGCCUCUUUUGAGUGAGUUAAAAGACGGGCACCCAGUGGUAGAAUGUGCACUCGUGACUUUGCGAUUUCUCACAAAUAUUAGCAAUGGAAACGAACAAGUAUGUCAAAGAAUUGCUGAAGAAAAUGGCUUGUCAGGAAUUUGUGCUGUAUUGGCCUCAAGCUAUACUCAACAUUUUGAUGUCAUUACUAUGUGUUUGGCUUUGUUAGCGAACAUGACAGAUAAAAGCUGGAAUAAUAGAGAGCUCGUCAGAAACUUUAAACUCGAAUUUAGAGGUAAAACUAAAAAAUUAUUGAACUUUUUAAUAGAAUUAUUUGUGGAAUAUUACUCAAAACAAGAGUACAACGACGACAAUAACACUGAAAAUUGCAUCACCAUAUCUGAUCAGGACUCUCAAAAUACUACAGCUGCAGAGAUUGUAGAAAAAGUCAACACUGAAAAAAAAGAAAAGGAAAAUCAAGGAGCAUCAGCGAGGAGUAACUUGAAGCGAACAGAAGACAAUAUUAUAACUUCAUAUUUGGCAAUAUUAUUGGGUUGUCUUUGUAAAGAGCAUGAGGCCAAUAAGGAGCAUAUUAUGAAGGAACUUCCUGAAAAAUCAUUUAUUUCUUUAAUUAUUGCACUUAAGGCAUUUGUGCUUUAUCAAUCGAACGCAUCACUGUUGACCCAAGACACCCUGGAUUCCGUCACCAAAAUUUUGAAGGAGUUGGGGGACAAGAACAAUUCACAAACUUCAGACCAAAGUGUUGAAUAA